AUGAGAACCCUUGUCAUGCGGGGUGGAGAAGGUAAAGAUAAAGAAAAUAGAAAAGACCAAUCAGUUUCUCGGGAAGGGGAUCUUUAUAGAUCGCUGAUCUCUUGUGGAAGGUAUUUCGCCUGCACCCCGGUACAUUAUUCUUCCUCCGGGGCACCUGGUACCCUGGAGUGCGGAGCGGAUCUCUGCCAUCAGUGGCAUGACCCUGAUAACGAUGGCAGUCGGGGCUCGGCGGAAGAGAUCUUCUCCCCUCGCUGGCGUCAUAGUUCCGGCCCGUCAGACCGGGAGCUGGGGUUCCCAAUCAGAGGCGGGGACUCCUAAAUUGUUCAGCUUGGACCAUCAUGCUAAGUACAAGAGUACUUUGUAUCAACCACUUAAAAAUCCUACUGAUUGCGUGGCGACCACUGGAGUCGGUUUCCUUCGAGGCGGGAAAAGGUCGGAUAGACACAUACCACACGGCCGAGGUGCAGCCCGAUGUGCCAGGUUCAAGGCGGUUUCUCUGGACUUCGCGACAGGCUGUGGAGUAGACAUGCUCCGUUGUAGUACAAGAUGCAAAAGCAAUGCACGGUCACCUGCUCAGGCUAACCCGAUCGGCACGAGUUUUUGUCGGCCGGGGCCGGCGUCAGGCGGCCAACUGGUUUCUGCCUGCAUUCUGCCGCCCUUCUCCGACCAGAACCUACACAGUCCAAAGGCUCAGCUCGCGUGUCAACUGACAACGUCACUUUACGCUUUGAUAUCAUUCCCCAACGUCAUGGUCCAUGUGGUUGCUGCCAGAUGCGCUUUCUCUCAUGGUGUAGGGGAUGACAUCGGGUCGGUCCUUGUAAUCCGGUGUCUAGCCUCUUGGCUGCAAAGCUAAUCCAUACACGUACAAUCUCUAUCGGCUUGGAGAACCACGCAGCUAUUCCGUCUCCCUUGUGCCGCCCUGGCCUCGCAUCCCGGCCUCCCGAUGCAAUCCGACGCCACACCUAAAGUCGACCCGAGGAACGACAUCGCGUCUAAGGGAAGAAGUAUGAUACGUCUCAACAAGGUUCACGCACAUCAUGGUCCGGAUAAUUUCUAUAGCCGCCAAUUCUCCCUCUGGUCAGAUGGACAAUAUUCCUCUAUCAACGCCUUCGAGACCAUAGGUGAGUACAUCAAUCAUCCCACGUAGUCUCAUUCGCAGAUAAGUCGAGACUCGAGUGGGAGGAACAACAUUUCCGUAACCAUGUUUCCUUUUGGUGCUCCGCGUUUCUCGCCCCCGCUCCCUCCAUCGCACUAAAUCGGUGGACCGCAGCGAAGUAUUUCAUCGGCGAUUCUCAUU